AUGAUUGAUCAUUUUGAAGGGUUUGUUCCUAUCCAUACUGUUUUUUAUUCGAUUUUUCACCCAACAGAGGGUACCAAAGUAAGAUAUGAAUUUCCACCCGGCAAUCUUCAAACAUAUAAUAUUAACUUUGAUACCAUAAAGAAUUAUAUCAUCCCUAAACCACAGUUAUGUCAUAAACUACUUACUCUAAAAUAUGGCGAUUAUAGAUUGGUAAGUUAUCCGGUUACUAUUAAUUCCUCCUUAUAUGCAAGAAACUUUUUCAGUUUCAAUUUCGUAUUUGUCUUUCCAAUUAACUGUGAGACUUCCCCAUAUGAGCCUAUCAUAGCAAGGCUUGGAAAGAUGUUUCGAGUACUUGAGGAACAAAAUCAGUUAUUAUCUAGAGCUGAAAACGACAGUGUCUAUUUUGAUAACUCUCAUUCAUUAUUAUCAUCAGAGCAAGAUAGCAUAAUGCACCAAGAUAAGAAUACUUCCAUUUUAGGAUUUUCUCGCAAAAGAUUUUCAUUUUCUAAACGACCUACAGAUUUAUCACUAUCUGAGUAUCCUGAUAACGAAUCUGGGUCCAAUUUCUCUGUUCAAGAUUUGAUUAUGAGAAUAUUUCAAGAUUUGAAUAAUUAUUCUGAGUGUUUAAUACCAAUUGAUGAAGGAAAUUCUGUAGAUAUUAAAAUUUUCCCUUCAAUGGUACCUCCUUCUAUCUCAAUAUCAUAUGAGGAUGUCCCAGUUGCUAUGGUAGAUUUGAGCCAUGUGAUGGAUGUUAACUGGGAUCCAACAAUGCUAAAAAUUGUUCCUUUUAUUGAUAGUAUAAAUAGCAUAUCAAGAAUUGCAGCAUUAAGUAAUAGUGAUGUUGAUUUUGUGGUUGAAUGUAUCCGUCAUUUAGUUUACUAUCAAUUAGUCAUUUUGUCUGAUAUUUUCCAAUUUACAAAUAUAUAUGCUCCAACAAGUCGAUUACGCGAUUUUUUAACUGAUAUUAAUUUAGCUACUGAUUGUCAAACCUACGUAUGUUUACCAAAAAAUUCAAAUUUUGGAAAACUCCCUCUAGAGAAAUCAAUUAACACUGAUUUGGAUGAAUAUUCUAACUCUGGAUCUGCAAUAUAUCCAAAUAAUGAAAUUUUGGAGAAUGAUGAUCGACUAAGGUGGCCAAUGUAUUAUAAGCCAAGAAAUUCACAAAGUAGUUUAUCCAGUGGUAUUUCGAGUGGGAAUGAGCGAACAUCAAAUUAUUUGCCUACUAAAUCAUGUUUAUUUGAUCUAUAUCGAUCACUUUCCCAAGGAACAGUGUUACAUGAUUGGUACAAUGAACAUUACAGUUUAAUUCAUUUCAAUAAAAUUGAUAUUCGACGUUUUAUUACGUUUGGUCUUGUGCGAGGCUUAUUAUAUAGAUGUUAUGCUAUACCAAUUAUGAAAAAUGCGGGCAUAUUUGAUAUUUUAUCAAGUUUAACCACUUCUCAAUCUUCAAAUCCAUAUCACAGUAAUGGGGAUGAUAAAAAUGGAACUGCAUCUACUGCAAAUAUUCGUUUCCUUAACAGUAUUACAGAUAGCGAUAUACAUGACCUAAAAGAUGAUGAAAUUAAUAAUAGUGGUAGUUGUGGAAUAAAGCCAUCAUUUGAUGUUAAUAAAUUAUUUAUCAAUGGAGAUGAUCAUAGUGAGACAACAACUGUAAAGCAUAAUAGUUCGAGAGAUGCAUCAGAGCAUUUGUUUUCCCCCCCACCUAAACGUCAAAUAUUGAAUUCUGGAAUUGCUGAUAAGGUUUUGUCAGAUAUUCAUCGAAAACUAGCCAAAUUUGAUGAUACCCCAAGAAGUCCGAUUGUUAAAAGAAAAGAGGACACUUUUAGAGAUUUUUCAAAUGGUAGCAAUAUUGUAGGUUAUGGUAGCAGUAAUACCGGUAACAAAGUUUCUUUUAAUUUAUCUAGAGAUUCAGAUACUACACAAAAUAAUUUAGAUCAUAUGAACCCUAUUUUAGAUAGUAGCAAAGAUAUAAUUGCUCAGCAGCAGGAAAAAAAUCAUAUUCGUAGAUUACUUUUAGAAUCUUUAAGAGAAGCUGAUAAUAUGGACAAAAUAUGUAUUAAACUUCAAAAACCAAGAAAAGAAGUAGAAGAGUUACUAAGUGAAAUUGGAGAUUACGUAAUUAUUAAUUGCUAA